AAUUAUGAUGCCAAAAUGUCAUGAUAGUAGUUGCAAAAUUAAAACGAAAAUGGAAUAAUUUUGCCUUGAAUGUGCGAUUUAAAAGUUCACUAUUAGAGGCCUAUUUAGAACACCUUAAAGAUGACCUGAUUUUUCAAAAAUUUUUAAUUAAAAUUUACAUCAGAAAUUGUUUUAUAAAAUUGAUUCUUUUAGAAACAUUUAUACGCAAAUUUUGUUUAUUCUUCUCAUUAAAUUUAUUGUUUUGGCAUAUCUAUUCUGAUCUUAAUAAAUCAACUAGUAAUAUCGAUUAUUUCAUCAUUGCCCUUGCUUUAUUUGCAAUCUAUAUGUUUUGGAAAAAAUCAAUAUCAACUAACAUUAGAGAAAAAGUUGCAUACUCUGGGUUUGAAGAUGAAAAUGGAUGGAUUGUAAUUGAUAAUGUAGAGUUAGUUAAUGAACCAGAUAAUCGAAUAUGGAAGGUUGUUUCAACUUGUGGAAAUGUUGCUAAAUUUUUAUUAUUAAUUAGAAGGAAUUCUAUAACAAAAUAUACUGUUGUGGUUGUACCAUCCUGUGUUGCUUCAGCAAUCUUAGGGAGGUAUAUUCCAGGAGUGGUAUUACUCCACCUUGCAUCUAUAUCAGUAUUAACUUGGCCUUACAUCUCCCUAUUCCCAUUCAUUUUCUAUGGUAUGAGCAAAUAUGGGUGUAAAAAAUUAGUACAAUGUUUAUCUUAUGCAAUUCCCCAGUCUUACAAAAGAAUCAGAAAUAUAAAAAUUUCCAAACCUUCAAAAUGUAUCAAAGAUAAAGAAAAAGGUGAUCAGGAUUACAAUCUCAAAAUAAAUAAUUCCAAUGAACACACUGAAAAGAAUUAUAGUCAAUGUUUUAAUCUGAAAUGCUUAACCCAUCUCUUAAACUAUUUAACGAGUGCCAAAACUAAUGACGAUAAAAUUAUUCCAUCUAAUUUAAACAGUAAUACUGAUGCCCAAAAUAUUAACGAAACCCCAGGUGAUAACUUUAAAAAUGAAACUCAAUUUAUCCAAAUGAAAAUUAUGAACAUUGAGGAUACAAAGAAAUUCCUUAAAUCUCUUGUCAUUUUAGAUGAUAACCAAAACGAUUUACUAGACCUCGAAUUUUUGCCAGAUUUUGACGAAAAGACUGCCUACAUUUUGGAAGAAGCUUCCGAAGCUCUUAGUACUUCAAGUAGUGAGAUUGAAAGAGAAAUAACCACUAUUCCUUAUGAUCCUCAUCGAGAUACACUUUCUCUUUCCCGCCUUCCUUCACCUUCUAACCUAUCAUGCUUAGACGAUGAAGAUCAAUUGGACGAUCGUUGCAGUAUAAGCAGUUCAGCAUCUUCCUACGUGCGCGGACUUUUAGAUAAAGCUAUAGAUGACAACGAGCGAAUUUCAAAUAAUACCGACCACUCAUCCACUCAACCAUUAACCCAAGCUCUGUCCGAUAAUUUUAAAAAUAUUUGUUUUUCUAUCAAUGACUCUGUUAACACAUGGGUUGCUCAAUCAGCAGUGUCUAAUAAUAAUAAUAACAACACGAAUAAUUCCAACUAGCUAGAAUACCCUAAGAAGCUCAUUUAAAAUUUGAAUGUAUUCGUAAUUAAACUUUAAUAUUAGCCAUUCUUAAUUCCCCAAAUUUUUAUUUUUGAAACUUUAAGAAAUAAAAUCUUUUUUAUUAGCUAAUUAAAAUAUAUAAUAACUUACAAGUCACAAUAAAAUGAAACAAUUAAAUCUAUCUACUCAUGUUCAAAAUUUUUUUAAAAUAUUUAUAUAGACAUACAAGUUUUUUCCAUAUUUUGAAAUGUCACUUAUAUCAUUUAAAAACUCAUUCAAAAUGUUUUAAUAUUAUAGGUUUAUUUUAUAUUUAUUAUUACCCACUCCGAUCAAUAAUGCUUAUAUUUAAAUU